CCAUUCAUAGAUAUAGAUACUCCAGACACAGAUAAGUCCAAUCCAACAUUUGUCUUUGUCUUUAGGGAGUAGGUUGGGAUAGAAAGGCUGCCGAUAUUGAUACUGUUGAACAGAAAGAUUACUGAAUGRCUGUCAGGACCAAAACGUUUUUAUUUGUUCUGUCCAUGCUUCACGUUUGUGCCAGCGUCACAACUCAAAGUUGCACAUCAAGAUACACCCAUCCUCAUUUCGCGCUCAAAUAUCACGUGAUUCACAAUAUUUCAGAUGUGUUAUUUAAACAACAGUGCAUUGACAAAUGCCGUCUCCACCAAAAAUGUCACAGCAUUAAUUUCUAUAAAAACAUUAACACUUGUGAWUUGAAUGAAGGCAAUCAUUUAUCAAAUCCUGAAAGUCUUUUGCCUUCUGCUGAUGGGGAAUAUAUCAACUUCAACGAGCGUCCACCAGCCAAUUGUAGCGGAAAUCUUUGUAGCAAGCCACAUCCAUGUKUAAUGGACGAAAAUGAUGGUGACUUGUAUCGAUGCUGUACACAAGCUGAGGUGAUUAUCAAAUUUCCACGAAAAUCUGUUGAAGAUUACGUCAUUGCUGAAAAUCUUAUUAUCAAGACUUUAACGGCGUUCACUCUUAGUCUUUGGGUGAAGWUGGACAGGAAUGCGUCACAAGCUGUGGCCUUCAGUUAUGCCAUCAAUCGCAAUUCCAAUAACGAGAUCGUAGUUCAAUUUACAGAAAACAAAGCGGUAAUGCUGGCAGUGGGGAGCAAGGUGAAAAGCCAUARCUUGUCAAAGAACUACCACGAUGAUCAAUGGCACCACAUCUGCUACACAUAUCGCAGUGACUCACAAAAGUAUCAUUUUUACAUUGAUGGAAGUUUGAAGGUCCAGUACAAACAAACUCAAGUGCAGCAUGUGAGAGCUGGAGGUGCUGUAGCCCUCGGACAAGACCAGGAUUCUUACAAGGGAGGUUUUCAACAGUACCAGAGCUUCAAAGGAGCCAUGUCUAAAAUCAACAUGUGGGAUAAAUACAUGGAUGCUGGUGAAUGUGAAGCACUUUAUCGCGCAUGCUCAAUUGGGGAUGAGGGAAACCUCAUCAAGUGGUCGGACCUCUACAAAAAUCCCUUAUUUGGAAAUCUUAAGGUCGUUUGUGGMGAUUCUUGUACUUGAUCUGAGAUUCUAACCAUGUUCCAUUUCAGAAUGUUUUAAUACGAUCCUGGGGACAAGAUAAUAGAAGUAGGGGAAAAAGAGUAGAUAAGAGUUUAGACUCAUAAUGUUCGUCGAUUUCAUUAAGAGUAUUUAAGUAUUGCGCAAUUACAGUCACGUAAAAUCCUAUUUAGAAGAAAUUGCAAAACUCAUUAAUCAUUCGUCCGAGAUCAUGAUCAUA